ACGCCGUCAGCACCAAGGCGACCGAGUCGAGCUAGCUUGUCCGCGGCAGGAACAUCGAGGAAGGCGCAUGCCAGCUACCCCGGUAACACAGUAUUGGAGAGGGUGGACUUUCGCGGGGGAACCAGCUACAACCCUGUGUUUUUUAUAAUAUUUUGGGAAGGACUUAUCGUUGUUGAACCUUUGGUUUGGUCGGAACUUUCAACACUGGAUGUAGCAGUUUACAGCAUGAAGAACUGACUAGCUUUAAGGUAUUUACAGCGGAUAGAUUACGUACGCAAGUUACAUUCGCUGUGUCCGGGUGCUGUCCCGUGCGGUGUCUAGCAUAAAGAUCAAGUCAUUUCUGUCAAGAUGGGUACGAAAAAGAGGGACGGAUGUUGCAAAAAGUUUAUGAAGUUCCUGUUCUCCCAUGUUGGGUUAUGUGCCAUGGUUAUAUUGUACUGUGUUGCGGGAGGGUUUAUCUUUGAGCAUCUGGAGAAGAACAACGAGCAACAGAUCUGCUAUGAAUCACGAAACGAGUAUACACCGAUGGAAAACAAAACUAUCGACUCCGUCCUGAAGAUUUUCUCCGACUAUGGCUUUCCCAACGCCAACAAUCGUGUCCUCAUGGAGGUCCAGAUCCGUAGUGUGCUGGAGACGUUCCGGGACAACACUCUCGCCAUCGGCUACGACGGACGUGUCUGCUCCGACUACGGCCUUCCUGAUGGCCCUACCUACAAGUGGUCAUGGCCCGGGGCCCUCAUGUUCUCCGUAACUGUCAUAUCAACCAUUGGGUUCGGUCACAUCGCUCCGAAAACAGUGUGGGGCCGAUUGGUGUGCAUCGCCUACGCCGUUCUUGGAAUCCCACUCAUGCUGCUGUGUCUCGCCAACAUCGGAGACGUCCUUGCAGACAUCUUUCGCUUCAUCUACGCCAAGAUCUGCUGCUGCGGAUGCUGCCGUCGCAAGAAGAGUCCCAGGACAAAAGUGGUCCAGAUCAAACCGAUGCAGCGAGGAGGGGAUCAUGACCCAGCUUGGAAGACUGAUAAGUCUAACGAAUUCUCUCGCCUCCCAACCAAGUCUCCGACGGGCAGUACUGACACCAAUGGCAAUGACAAGAGCAGACCCCCGUCCAAAACCAGCCGACCGGGGUCAAGGGUUCCAAGUCCCGUCGGCAAGGCUGUCAAGAUUGUUCCUCUCGACCUGAAACACAUGAACCGCCCGCCGCCAAUGAAGAAUGACCCUGUAGUGCUGGAUGACGACAGCGAUGACGAUGACGAUGAUUUGGACGAGAAGAAGAUCACUGUUCCACUCACCAUCACAAUGAUCGUCAUCGGAGGCUACAUCUUCGGAGGGGCUGUGCUCUUUGGCCUGUGGGAAAGCUGGGAUUGGCUUCAGUCUGCUUAUUUCUGCUUCAUCACUCUCAGCACCAUCGGCUUUGGCGACGUCGUUCCUGGAACUGACUUUGAGAACCCUCAAGCGCAGGCACAACUAAUUCUCGGCGCUAUCUAUGUCCUGUUCGGAAUGGCGAUCUUGUCCAUGUGUUUCUCGCUCAUGCAAGACGAGAUCAUUGCUAAAUGCAAGUGGGUGGGUGAGAAGCUCGGCAUCCUGGACAAAAACGACGACUAAUACUCUGUAUUCUUCUCUGUAAGCUCUACUGUAGCUGUGUACAUCAGCUCUCGACAAAAUCUCAGAACUUUUUUACAUUGAAAACGGUACUCGGGACAGCAGCUUGAUGGUCGCUAUCUACAAGUCCUUAUAAUCAUCGUAGGCUCAAAGGAAAUCUCUGUGACUGAAGACGAAGUGAAGGAUAAUGAGUACCCGCAGAAUGUCCGAUGUGCCUCAAACUGUGGUCUAAGUGAUUUGACAGAAAAGCAUUUUUGUGAUUGAAGAUCUGUGGAUUAGAAAUCCAGAGAUAUGUACUGGAGUUCGCCCAAAGCCCCUUAUCCGUCCAUAAUGUGUAUAAAACCAGAUGGAAGGAAUUAUAAUUUAUGUGAGCUGUCUCGGGCAAGUCCCCAUACCCUGAUCUUUCCUAUCCCACUCAUUAUGCCACCAUUUUACGGAUAAUAAAGGAUUGUCACAAAUCCUCUGACAAUCGUCUAUGGAUUUGUAAAACUCAUGCCAGAAACAUCCUGGUACGUCCCUGUUUGUUUGAUACCGAAAAGAACAUUCAUUAAAUUUCCUUUUGAUCGUUUUAGUAUUUUAGUUUUUAGAUCGAGAGUAUAUGAACUGGUUAUACGCUGCAAAAUUGCUAGGUGCCAUUAGGGAAGGAUCAGGAUAUGGUUUUAUCCUUUCGUAAAAAGAUGUUGUAUUUGAUUUUCAUUUAAGUAUUAGUUGUGUGUCCAUUCACGAGAUAUGCAUAAUCAGAUACUGGUUACUUUUUUGAAUUUUGUGUGAAAGGUAUAUGAAUAGUAUAGUACGCCAUGGCGGAAGUACACCAAUUUAUUUCACAUUCUUGAAGACGCUAUUCCUAAUAUCACUCUCGUUUCUUGGCAGCUGGAUAUUGUGAAAACAGUUUUACCCUGUUUCGUAGUGCGCAUCACCUACAACCGAUUGACGCUCUGUGAUAUAUGCGAGCGCAUCGAGAUAAAACAUCGGCAUCACUAAAAUAAUUACGAAAAAAUACAACAGAUGAGUUCACAAUUUUGUUACGACCGUAGGUCAAGUUUGUUUCGUCACAUCGAAAAUGUGUUUUUUUCCUUAAGUACAUAAUUGCAGGAUCACAAAAGAUUUCGCCUUCGUACUUGAAACCACGUCUUGCGUGAGUAUACUGAUAUAAUGAUGCAUUUAAUAAUCGAUUUCGAAUAUAUAUCCGUGAUGACAAAAGCUUUAACAAUACAGCUUGGCGUCCUUAACCAACAGUGCCUCGAACCAACUGUGCUCGUUUCACUGUAUGUAUAUUUAGAUUGCAAAACUGCGCACCAAAUAUGCCAUUAUAUGAAAAGAUAAAUUGUUAUUAAAUGGCUAAUUCUUUUGAGGAAACGAAACAUGUUUCGUAUACUUUUAUAUUGUUUCAAUGCUUAAAGACAAACGAUUAAUGCCUGUUAGAUUAUGGUCUGUAAGCUAAAGAGGUGGAUUCUCUAAUGAUAUAACAGAACAUGCGUUUGCUAGCUGAUACAUAUUUGACUUCGCUAUGCUAUUUUAUGUACAUAUUAUUUACAUCGUAAGAGAGGUAUAUCUCCAAAUCACUGUAUGAGAUUGUGGCAUAAUAUAUUUUUGCCUCUGUACAUAAGUAAUACAUUUUUUUAAAUCCUAAAAAUACAGUCUUCAAAGAAAGAGAUCUCUAUUUUUUAAUUGCAAAUUCUUCAUAUAUUUAGAAAGCCGUCCAUAUUGUAACGUUUUUCUUUGAACUUCGCUGCUUUGUACGUCCCUAUGCACGUGCCAUACGAUUUUGAAGACUCGCCUCGUUUUGAAACUGCUGGAAAGGGAGAAAACUGCUUUCAUUUUUGUGGUAUAUCGUGCUGAACGCUCAUUAUGGCAACUGACUGAAAUGUUUUAUAAUCACGUUACCAUGGAGAUAACGGUAUUAUUGUUAUUGUUAAAAAGUAGCCCACUGCACGUGAACAAGAUGAACAAGUAACAAGACGAUGCUGAUAAAGUGGGGAUGUAGUUUUAUAUGUACAGGUUACAAGUUUGUUAUCGGUUUUUUUAAACUUAAGUAUCUGAACUAUAUUCUAUACAUGUUUCGGGUUGUACUGUAAGUAGUCUUGUACAGAGUGAUCAUGUACCCUGUAAGUGUGUUCACGAUGAGCUGUAUUCUUGUAUAUUUCCACUGCUUAUUGAACUACACUUCGCAUUGAUACUGGGUCGCAGACUGCUGAUUUACUGUUAGUCGUUACACUCACAGUAUGGUAUUGUAUUAGACGUCCCUCUCCUACUUAUUUUAUAUUAGAACUGUUGUUUUUGACAGUGGGUUCAUGACCAACCCAUAAACAUAAGAUGUUUCCCACCCUAGCAUUGUUAUUUCUAGACGUAGUUACCAAAACAAGAAGUUUUUCAUCAGAGUAUAAUGUGGUAAUACUGAUCUUAUAACAAGAGAAAAGAGUAAUUCUAAACCGGGAUCUUCUCUAAGACGUUUUAUUAAUGAUAAUGUUAAAUUCCGAUUUCUGAUAUAAAUGAAAAGUAAAAAUUUUCACACAAAAAUAUGUACUUAUAUAAAUAUAUUCCACGAUUAGAUUAUUUAAGUGUGAUCAGUAUAUUACUCAGUGUUUGUUGCAUCUGUGAGACUCAAACCAAGCUGGUUUUAUGCCUUUUCCACAAACUUCUUCUGUCUGUGAUACGUGUGUACAAAAUGUUACAAUAAAGUUCAUAUAAAAUUUCA